AUGAAGAUAUUUUUUAACACAACCACUUCUUUGUUGGUGAUCAUUGCAACAACAGUACUACUACUUUUAUCAUCACAUUGUGUCAGUAUUCAUGCUAAACAACUAUUAGAUAUAAGUGAAUCACCAAGAGAUAAACAACUAUUCAACGAGUAUGCAAGUGAGUUAUUGUUACUCAAUGGUGGUGUGAUGCCAGAAGUUGAAGAAUUCAGCCACACUUGUAUUCACGACACCCUUAUCGGUGCUGAAACAACAACUAGAGCCAACAUCGAGAUGGCUGUUACAUCGACUGUAUCAUCAUCAUCAUCAUCGGCGAUCCCUGAUGUAACAGGUUCUAACGGAGACACAUCCAACAAACUGCCAACUGCUACACCACCACCACCAACAUCACACCCAAUUCGUAUUAUUGUCAAUACAACCUUUUUGAUGUCAAGUUUGGAACCACAAACUUGUUUCCAUAUUGGUCAAAAGGUUAAUAUCUCUGGUCCAUAUGGUGGAGUUGCUACACAAGACUGUGCCACUAUUAAAUCGACACCUUGUGUGUGGACUUGUACCGCAUCGGAUCUUGUCACUACAAGUUAUGCCAAUGCAAUUAGCAGUAUUGUUAUUGACAAGGUUGUAAAUAUGUACCAAUCGACUCUUAAUAUCUCUGGUACGGCCAAGACCAACUAUGUUCGUGCUGGACUCAACACAUACCCUUGUUCGGAACAAUUCAUCAAACUCGACCCUAAUUGGCAGACCCAAGGAUUCGACGGUGACCUCAUUCUCUAUGUCACCUCACAUCCUAUCCCCGGUUCCACCCUUGCCUACGCAUCUGCAUGUGCCCAAGACCAAGCUACUGGCAGACCGACCGUCGCAUUCAUCAAUAUGAAUCCAAACAGGUUCACUCAAUUUGCAACACCAGCUAAUCGAGUUGGAAUAGACUGGGAAAUGUACUACAGAGUCCUUAUUCAUGAGGUUACCCAUGGUCUCGGAUUCUCAAGAAAUCUUUAUAAUAGUUUUCUAGAUCCAACAACUGGUUCAAAAUAUACAACAUCACCAACAACUACAACAACAUAUCAAGGUGUAACACCAUUAGGUGAAACCUAUUCAAGAGAAAGAUAUUAUCUUACAACACCAACAGUCACUAAAUUUGUUCGUGAACAUUUUAAUUGUUCAAGUUUGAUUGGUGCAGAGUUGGAAAACUAUGGUGGAUCGGGAACGGUUAUGAGUCAUUGGAAGGGAACUUUCUUUGGCGAGGAGAUGAUGUUGGGGUCUGCUCAAGUCAAGGCUCCAUUGACCAAGUUGACUUUGGCUCUAUUGUACGAUUCCGGAUGGUAUGUUUUGGACGAUGAAGUACUCAACACCAAGUCGGAACCAUUGAUCUGGGGCAAGUCACUUGGCUGUCCAUUCACAGAAACUUGCACACCAGAGUCUUGGGCAUUCCCUGGAUACUUUCCAAACGCCUCCACGGUGUCUAAUACAAGAGGUUGCAGUGCCACUCGAUCUGGAAAGGGGUACCUCAUCUAUGGAGUAGAUGGUAGUGGUGGGGACUUGGCACCAUACCAACAACACUUUAAAGACAAGCGUACUGGUGGAGCUUUUUUCUUUAAAGAUAAGUGUCCCUAUACUGAUGUCUAUUCGACAUCGUACCAACAAAACACAGCUUAUUGUUUUGAUACUGCUGCCACACCAAACAAAAAUGUCUACGAGGUGUUUGGAAGUGACAGUCUUUGUUUCGAAUAUGUUCCAACUGGUUCGUCAACCAUCCAAAAUGCAUGUUGGCCACAACGUUGCAAUCCAGACAACGAUACCAUGGAGAUUGGAUACAACAACCAAUGGUUUGCCUGUAACUCUGGCAACCAACUCAUCUCGACUGGCGACGGCAACACUAUCGUUUGUCCACCAAACUUUAACAUUUGCGGUGUAGUUUCAUCAACUUUGGAGAAUCAUCAUGACAAUAAUAAUAACCCAAGCACACUUCGUAGAAUCAUUCGUGCACCACUUACAGACAAGCAAAAUGAAUUGAUUGAAAAGUAUGCAGCAGAACUUAGAAAGUUGAAUAAUGGUGAGAUGCCAAUGGACCAUGCACCACUCAAACACAAUUGUGUACACGAUCACUUGACAAAGGAUAGUCCUCCACAACCAUCGCCUAUCCCAUCUGGUCCAGAUGCAGAGGUCGGACAAGAACAAGAACAAGAACCUUCUGCCAAGUUUGGAGGCAUUUUACAAAGACCAUUCAGAAUACUUCUAAACACUGAUUACAUGAACCCACAAAAUGAACCACAAACAUGUAGUUAUGUCAAUCAAAAGGUUACUAUUGGAGGCCCAGGUUCUGGUACUGCUCAAGUUGCAUGUGAUUCAACUGGAAGAACACCUUGUAUUUGGACUUGCAAGGCAGCCGACGUAGCAUCACAAUCCUAUCAAAAUGCAAUCAUCUCGAUUGUUGGUGAAAAGGUUGUUUCAUUCUUUGAGGAACUUCUCACCGUACCAACCACCUAUAAUCAAAUCAACAAGGUUUCAAGUUCCGGUACCUAUGCAUGUCAAAGACAAGGACAAUACUUAAAGUUGGACCCUACAUGGUCUACCACUGGUUUCAAUGCAGAUAUGGUUCUAUUCCUCUCAUCACAUCCAGUCCCAGGAUCCACCAUUGCCUACGCAGCCACUUGUAUAUCAGACAAUGUCUCUGGUAGACCAUUGGUUUCUUUUACCAAUCUAAAUCCAUCCUAUUUUUCACCAUUUGUCAACGCUACCCUUAGACAAGGACCAGAUUGGGAGCUUUAUUUCCGUGUAAUGGUACAUGAAGUGACACAUUCUCUCGGAUUCUCCUCGUCUGCCAUGCCAGGUUGGAUUAAUCCAAAUACUGGUUUAAAGUAUCCAGGAGGACCACUUUUAAUAAGAACAGAUAUGUUUGAAACACCAUCUGGUCAAUCAUAUUCAAGAGAACGUUAUUUCCUUACUACUCCAUUUGCUACACAAUUUGUUCGUGAUCAUUUCAAUUGCUCUGAUUUGAUUGGUCCAGAAAUGGAAAAUGUUGGUGGUCCAGGAACUAAUAUUAGUCAUUGGAAGGGUACACCAUUUGGCGAGGAAGAUAUGAUUGGGUAUGGACAAGUUAUUGCUCCUUAUACCAACCUUACAUUGGCUCUAUUAAAGGAUACCGGAUGGUAUAGCAUCAAUGAGUCGGCACAGGCUGAACCAUUGAUUUGGGGUAAGGGUAUGGGUUGCGCAUUCCCAGAGGGGUGCAGUCAAAAGUCAUGGAACUAUCCAGGGUAUUGGGACUUCCCAGCAGAAGGAACAAAUGGUGGUGUCAAGGGAUGCUCGGCCACACGUUCUGGCAAGGGCUACUUGCUACUCGCCAAAUACCAACAAACACUUCAACCACCAUUCCAACACUUUGAAGACCCAGCCGUUGGUGGUGGUUAUUCAUUCAAGGAUUUGUGUCCAUACACUGACGUCUAUAAAUCGUCGCAAGCCGAAAACAAUGUCUAUUGUCUCGACACUUCAGUCACACCAGACAACUCUGUCUAUGAGACGUUUGGCGCCAACAGCUAUUGUUACGAGUACACCAAGGGUGGCGACGACAAGAUUAAUCUUGCUUGUUGGGUCACCAGAUGCAGCGCCAACAACACAUUACAAGUACUCUACAACCAAGACUGGCUCACAUGUGAUGUUGGUGGCAAGACCAUCUCACUCCCCUCCAACGUCACCUUCCACUGUCCAAAUGACUUUUAUCUAUGUGGUGUUGUUCCACAAGUACCAUCUUCUCUCCCUUAUAAAUAUGCCAUCUCGGUUGCCACCCACACCUCUGCAAUCGUCUCAUUUGGCUCGAUUAUUUUCCUUGUUUCUCUCCUCAUCUCCAUUUUUUAA